AUGUGGAAAAGAGACAGAAAGCUGCCUGAAGUAAAUGAGACAGAGUCAAAUGAUUCUGAGGAGGAUUUGGCAUGCCUGGAGCUGUACACAAUGCAAGAGAAAGAUAAUGAUGCAAUAUGGCUCACACCUAAAAUACAAGGGGUUGAGUUACAGAUGGAACUGGACACUGGGUCUGCUCGCUCACUGAUUUCAUAUCAAGAUUACAGAGACAAAUUCCCCAAACUGAAACUGAAACACACCUCAGUGAAACUGAAAACGUACACAGGUGAAAGAAUAACUCCUCUGGGAAAAUUAAAAGUGGAAGUGGAAUAUGAGAAAAAGAAAUGCAACCUGGAACUUUAUGUUCUGAAAAAUGGAGGUGUGCCAUUAUUUGGGCGUGACUGGUUGAAGCACAUCCACCUCAACUGGAAAGAAAUAAAGUCAAUGAGACUGGAACGAGGCCUGAGUGCACAUUCUGUGGAUGAAAGACUGAAACAGAUCCUUAAUAACCAUGCCCAGGUGUUCAAAGAUGGAAUCGGCACCCUGAAAAAUAUUAAAGCACAGAUCAUACUAGAGGACAAUGCAAAACCAAGAUUCCACAAGGCACGCCCUGUAUCUUAUGCUUUACGCCCUAAAGUCGAAGCAGAUCUCCAACGCUUGGAAGAGCAAGGAAUACUCACCAAGGUGGAAUGGUCAGAUUGGGCUACACCAAUAGUAUCAGUAAGCAAGAAAGCAAGUGACAGUGUGUGGAUCUGUGGUGAUUUUAAGGUUUCAGUGAACCCAGUUCUCCGCAUAGAUCAGUACCCACUUCCACGGAUAGAAGACAUAUUCACAGCAGUAGCAGGUGGCAAACACUUUUCAAAAAUUGACCUUGCUCAGGCUUAUCUCCAGAUGGAAGUAGAAGAGACAUCCAGGAAAUAUCUGGUAAUAAACACUCACAAAGGCCUAUAUCAGUACAACAGACUGGUAUUUGGUAUCGCCAGUGCCCCAGCAGUAUGGCAGCGUGCCAUGGAUCAGGUCCUACAAGGCAUUCCAGGAACACAGUGUUUUCUGGAUGACAUAAUCGUCACUGGUGUUGAUGAGGAGACUCAUCUGGCUAACUUAACAGCAGUCCUGGCCAGGCUAGAAAAAUAUGGACUGAGAGCAAACAAAAACAAAUGUGAGUUCUUUAAGGAUGCCAUUGAGUAUUGUGGACACAAGAUCGACAGACAUGGGCUCCACAAAACCAAGGACAAAGUUGAAGCAGUCCUGAAGGCACCAGAACCUACAAAUGUGAGUCAGCUACGCUCAUUCUUGGGCUUAGUUAAUUAUUACCACAAGUUUCUACCAAACCUUUCAACAGUCCUGCACCCGCUGAACUCUCUGCUGCAACAAAAUGUCAAAUGGCAAUGGACAAAAAACUGUGAAGAGGCAUUUAAUGGCGCUAAGCAGCUCAUUACAUCAGAGGAGGUUCUGACACACUUUGACUCCAAUCUACCACUUCGCCUCGCCUGUGAUGCCUCACCAUAUGGCAUUGGUGCCGUGCUAUCUCACAAAAUGCCUGAUGGAUCAGAACGCCCAGUUGCCUUUGCUUCAAGGUCCCUAAAUGCAGCCGAGCGCAACUAUGCGCAGAUAGACAAAGAAGCACUCAGUCUAGUGUGGGGAGUGAAGAAGUUUAAUCAGUAUUUAUAUGGACGACACUUCACCCUGAUCACAGACCACAGACCGCUGGUGUCCAUCUUUAACCCUCAGAAAGGUAUUCCAACCAUGGCUGCGGCACGCUUGCAGCGAUGGGCUUUGUUCCUGGGUGCACACACCUACACCAUUGAGUUCAAAGGGACAAAGCUACAUGGAAAAGCAGAUGGACUUUCACGUCUUCCACACAUGCAACCCACUGAAGAAAUGACUGAUCUAGCUACUGUGUUUCACGUUACACAAAUGGAACCCCUACCUGUCACAAGUGCUCAGGUGAAAAGAGAAAUGAGCCGAGACACAAUCUUGUCCAAAGUAUACGAUUUUACUGUGAAUGGUUGGCCGUCCUGCAGUGACACUCAGUUCUCUGCGAACUCCACCCGCAAAGACCAACUAUCCGUUUGCCAAGGAUGUGUCAUGUGGGGAACUCGUGUCAUCCUGCCGCCCAAACUACGUACGAAGGUACUGGACUCACUGCACAAUGGACAUUUAGGUGUGGUUAAGAUGAAAAGUCUUGCUAGAAGCUAUGUUUGGUGGCCAGGCCUUGACUGUGAAAUAGAGAAUAUGGCUAAAUCCUGCACUGGUUGUCAGCAGACGCUGCGUCAGCCUCAAACAGCACCUGUACACGCGUGGGAGUGGCCAUCCGCUCCAUGGCAACGCAUUCAUAUAGACUAUGCUGGCCCAUUUAUGGACCAAAUGUUCCUGGUUGUGGUUGAUGCUCACUCAAAAUGGCCAGAAAUCUUCCCCGUAAAGCAAGCAACAGCUGCCAGCACGAUCAAUAGUCUUCGGUCACUGUUUGCACGCACAGGUCUGCCACAACAGCUCGUAAGCGACAAUGGUCGUCAGUUUACUGGAGAGGAGUUCCAGUGUUUCCUUCGGAGUAACGGUAUACGACACAUCACUUCAGCUCCCCAUCAUCCUGCAACAAAUGGACAAGCUGAACGGUUCAUCCAGUCCUUCAAGCGGUCAAUGAAAGCCAGUCGCACAGAGGGGAAGCCGCUACAACAGAAAAUAGACACUUUCUUACUGGCUUACAGGAACGCCACUCAUGCAACAACUGGACACACACCUGCAAUGCUCUUCAUGGGACGGAAUCUGAGAUCACGUCUAGAUUUACUGAAACCAGACAUUCGCAAGGAUGUCCAAGAUAAACAGUCUUCCAUGGUUGAAGCAACAAGAAACAAAACCAGAUUCUUCAAUGUUGGACAAAAAGUUCUCGCCAGGGACUACAGAGACCCAAGUCAGAAAUGGCAGUCUGGCACGAUUCUGUCACGGACCGGACCGCUGACAUACACUGUAAAUGUUGGAGCCAACUUAGUCUGGCGUAAACAUGUUGAUCAGAUUCUAGAUGCGGAAAGUCACAUGGUUCCACAGCAACCUGAGAGCACAUCUACACCUCAAGAUUCAGAAGAGUUUGCCCUCGCUUCACCACCUGAGGUUCAGGAUUUACAUGAAACUACCAAUGCUCAAACACCUGAACUUCCCACACAGAGCACUAUGGAGUCUGACCAAACAGGCAGACUUUACCCUGAGAGAAAUCGCAGAGCACCUCAGAGACUGAACUUAUAG